AUGGCGCAGAUGGGCUUUGGCAUGCCGCAGCAGCAACUGCUGCAGCAGCAGCAGCUCAUGCAGCAGCAGCAGAUGAUGCAGCAACAGCAGCUGCAGCAGCAACAGCUCAUGCAGCAGCAGGCCAUGCAGCCGCAGAUGAAUCAGCAGCAGCUUCUGCAGCAGCAGCUGCAGCAACAGAUGGGGCAAAACCAGGGCCAGUUCCCUCAACAGCAGGCGCAACAGCAGCUGACGCCCAUGCAGCAGCAGCAGCUGCAACAGCAGCAGCUUCAGCAGCAGCAGUUGCAAAUGCAGCUCCAGCAGCAGACUGGAGGGUCCAUGGGACAGGCCAUGGGCCAGCAACAGCCACAGAUGAACCAGCAACACAUGAACCAACAGCAGCUGCUACAACAGCAAUUGCUCCAGCAACAGCAGCAGCAGGCGCAGCAGGCUGCUGGCAGCUCCCAGCCGUCGGCGAGCGCACAGGGAGCCUCUGCCUUACCUGGGGCCUCCAACUACACGGUCAUCUCAAAGGGCAACGACCAGGGCGAGGUCGUCAUCAGGACCCUGGUGGGCGACUACGUCGAGAAAGGGGCCAAUCAUGGAAGAAAGUUUUUUCAGAAGCUGCCGAACAAGGGCGGGACAGGAGACUUCGUGGAGGUCUACCUCUACUACUGGGACUCCCGGGAUGGACCCAGCUUCGAAGGAUGGUGGUUCGGCAAUAAGCUGGGUGGCACGCAGGUCUGGUCCCACAACUCGGACAAGAGCCUGAUUCCGCCGACCUCGGGGUGGAAGAUCCCUUGGGACGGGCAGGUCCGCCCUACUCUCGUAUUGGGCCCGAAGCAGCAGAUGCACCGCGAGGAAGCCGAGACGAAGCUCAAGGCGAUCUCUGCCGAGGUGGCGAAAGUCGACGCCGAGGCCAAGCAGGCUGUGGCCCAGGCAUCGGCCUUGGGAAACAACCAGUCCAACAUGCAGAGCCUGCUGCAGGCGGAGCAGCUGUUGCAGCCGCAUAGCAACGCCAUGAUGGAGGUGCAGCGCAAGCUCCAGGACGCGCAGAAAGGACAUCCUGGGGACAUCGCGCGCAACUUCAGCCAGCUGGCGAACCAGCUGAGGAUGACACAGCAGCAGGCCCAGCAGCUUACAAACAAGUUCCGCCAGUCCCGCGUACAGGCGGAGUCACAGGCGAAGAUGGCUGAGGCGGAGCUCCGAGAAACGAAGGCCUUCGAGGACAUGAUGCCAGAUGUUAGCCAGAAGUGCACUGCCGCCGAGGAGGCUAUUGAAAAGGCGAUUGCCACGCACGAGGCCAUUGCAGCGUCAAGCGAUGGUGACAAUCAGGUAUCCGCGAGUGUGGAAGAGACAGAAGCUGCCGUGAAAGAAGCAGAGAAAGCGGCCUCUGAGGCCAGUGUGAUUCUUCAAGCGAAGAUGAACCAGGUCCGGCGCUUUGAGUCCCCAAAAGUUCGGGACAACUCUGCCCAGGAGCUUCAGAAAGUGCAGCAGAAGCUCCAAGCCGCUCAAAGCAAGCUGCAGCCCCUGAAAUCCGUGCGUCAAGAGCUCGCCCAGCGAGUGGCUGCGCAACAGGCCCUCAAAGAGAUACAGGAGAAGAUGGCUCCCCUCGAGGAGGACUUCGCCGCCGCCGAGGAAGCGGCAGUUCCCGUCAGCUCCGGCGAUGCCACCGAGGAACAGCAGGCUGCAGCGGAUCAAGCAUUGCAGAAGGUUCAGGACCAGCUGGCUGCCCUGAAGCGCCUUUGCCAGACGAAAAAGCAGCCUGGCGGAUUGGUCCUCGCCGCCGUGGCCAAGGAGCUUGCCUCGCCGGAAGAACGCAUUGCUGAUUUCGACGUCAAACUGAAAGCGCUUCAGGAUACGAAGCGCCAGAGUGGAGAAAGAUUAGCUCUCAAGGCCCUGGCCAAGGAUGCCGAUCAGCGCCUUCAUGCCCUGACAGAGGCCCUUCAGAAGGUUCAAGACCUCCAGGCGCCCCUUAACAGCGAGGAGGAGCUCCCAGCUGGCAAGGCUCUGCAGUCACUUCGAGUCCUUGAGGGCCCAGUGACGGCUUGCGGCACUGCGGCCUCCGUCGCCAAGAUCUUCUUGAUGGUCAAGAGUGUCGAGGUGAACAACUUCUCGCCGCUCCUUGCAGCGGAGGGGCAGGCCAAAAUCAAGCAGUUCCAGAUCCAGCUGGAGGAGAUGACGAAGCGCUUAGCGGAGGUGAAGUCAAAGGCGGCCGAGCAGAAGAAGUUGGCUUACACCAAGGAGGCGCAACGCCUUUCGAAGAGGGCUGAAGAGCUUGCAACGCAGGUGGGAGAGGCUGUUGCCGACCUUGCCGACGACGCAAAGCUGUCGUCUCUGUCGCGGGAGGAGAUCCGAAAGGCGCAGGCGGCGGCCGUCAAGGCAGAGGAGGAGGGCACUGUGGCCGUGCGGCAGGCCAAAGCCGCGUUGUCGCAGUGGCAGAGGGAGGAUGCUGCCGGAGAGUCCGCCCAGGAACUCUCGGAGCUUCACGAGCGCGUGGACAACGCGAGAAGUGCGAUGACGAAGCACGCACGCGUCAGCAAGAGCGUGGACCAGCGUUUGGAUGCCCUGCAGAUGGUCGAGGAGAAGCUGGCAAAGAUGACCGAGUUGGAGUCCCAAGCCACGCGGAUGUCGGACAUCAUUGCCAAGGUCAGUGAAGCUGAUGCUGACGCAAGUCAACUGCAGAAGGCAGAAGAUGCCGUGAAGAUCCUGCAGAGGGAGGUGCGGUCUCAGUCCAGAGACGUGGACAACCAACUGCAGUCCAGGGACGAGGCUCUCAGGGACCUUGCCGAGAAGUUACGGGAUCGACUUACUCCGAUCGUCGCCAAGAUGGACGGGGCGCUGUCCACUCUGAGGACGCACUCGGAGAAAGCCCUGGUCAAGGCAUCGGGAGAGGAAGCCAGCAAGGGCGUCCAGGACAUGGAGGCUGCCGUCAAGGCGGCGACAGAAGCUCAAGAGGCAUUCCAGAAGGCCGUGGCAUCGUCGGAACAACAGGGAGCCGAGCCUGCCCUGGCAGCGCUGGAGGCCGCGAUCAAGGCGGCGAGCAGCAGCGUCAACGGCACAAAGUCCCUGCUCGGCGUGAAGCGGCUGGACCUGAAACGCCUGUCUUCAGAGCUCACGUCCUCUACUCUGGAGGAGAUGGACAAUCUGCAGAAGCGUCUCGACGACGGCUCCACUAAGCUGGCAGAGACGAAGAAGAUCGUGGCAGAUCACCAGAGUGAGGCUCAGAAGAAGGAGCUCGACGUGAAGCUCAAGGAAGCUGCGGAGCUCUGUGAGGCCGCGAAGAAAAGCUGGGAAAAGAUCACCGAGGACAUGCCGACGGAGCAAAAGCGCAGCGAAUGCCGUCAGACAGGCGCUCACAUUAAGAAGGCCUCCGAUGCUGUUACGCAUCUCGACAGGCUAGCCGUCACCACGUGGCGGUCACGCAGCCAGUCAGACAACUCAAUGUUGCCAGAGAUCCAGAGCAUCGUCAAGCAAGUUGAAGCCCAAAAGGCAGAGCUUGAGACACUGAGAUCCCAGCUUCGGGACGUCGAAGCGAAGAUUGCUGGGCAGCGCAUUGCCAAGGAGUCAGUGGAACUCCUUGAUGCCUUGGAGAAGAAGAUGGCAGGCGCAGAAGAGGCGGCAGUACCUCUCUUUGAUGACAGCGUCGAUCUCUGCGCAGCGGUGUUCCUCAAGGGCAUUAUUGAGGCUUGUCAAGCGAGCUUCAAGCGCACGAAUGAGACGGCUGAAACCGUGGUGGAUAAGCUCAUCGUGGCUGAUGACCAGGUUUCAGAGGACAAGUUCAUCUCGUUCCUGACCACACUGCCCGAGCUCCAGGCUUCUGAGAACGUGCCCAUGUACUCCGCUGAGGAGCUAAAGGCAGCCUACCGUGCCUUGCUGCCUCCCCGGAGUGAGACUACGCAGGUUUCCAAAGCCAAGCUUUUGGACACGUUGAAGAAGAGGUAUGUCUGCGUUCAUCCGAUCACCAUCACGGAUAGCCUGGCCGUCAAGGGCGGCAAGACGGUGCGACGCGUUGCCGUGAACGAGGCCCUGGAAGCCUUGGCAGAUCCCGUGGAGGACACGGCCUCCGGGCUGCAAAGGGUUCGGGUGAAAGCGGAGAAGGACGCCCGCGAGGGCUUUGUCACGCUUCAGACCAUCAACGGCACAACCUUUGCGCAGCCCUUCUCGUCUCACCAGGUUUUGACACUCAGAGUUUCGUCUUCCAUUGACGAGAUGAACGAGGCGCUGGCGCAAACAGCCAGGCUACUGGACCUGAAGAUGCAGGCAACCCGAAAUGCAGGCCCUGCCCUCGCUGACCUGAAGGAUCAGGUGGGUCAACUGAGAGGUCGGAUGGCUACCGUGCAGGUGAGCCUCAAUACCAUGAAGAAGAAGCUCUCCGAGACGAAGAGGCUAAUACAAGGCUUUGAGCAGGCGGAGAGCAUGCGAAAGCAGGAGGCCCUCGAUCGCCAUGAAGCCGAGAAGAUGACCUCUCGCGCAAAGGCUCUCAUGGACAAAGUCCGGCCGAAGCUUGAGGAGGUGAUUCCUCAGGCGGAAGCCUUGUUGGAAGCUGGCAUCACCAGCGAAACAGCCGAGGCUUUGAUCAGCUCCGAGAAGGCGAUGCAAGAGCUCUACGAGGCGAUCGUCGACAUGCGGAAUCAGCUGGCGAAGGACAAGCAGGCCGUCCGGUAUGUGCGGCAAGGUCCUUUGCUCCAGGUCUGGGAUGUCGUGACCGGACAUCUCAAUGACAUUUGGACGCCGGAGGAGAAGGCUCAGCAACUCUUGCAGAUCCUGCAGGAGAAAAGGAAGAAGCUGACAUCGGAUGCACAGAGAGCCGUGGCUAGCGCCAUCCGGGAGGCUGCAAACAAGGAAGGGCUCCGCGUGGAGGCUUUGUUCGAGAAGCUCCGCAAAGAGAAAGCCACCAUUCCCGUGCAGGAGCUCUCGACCUUUGUGAGCUCAGCUGCCUUGCAGGCCAGCGAGAUCCAACUCGGCUUAGAGCGGUAUGAGGCCAGUGGCUUCACGAAGUUGGGCCUGACGCUGCUGCUGCAGGACUACAUGAAAUGCAUCAAAGAAGUCGUCAUGACGGACCUGUUUGAUGUUAAGGAAGGAAAGACGGUGAAGAAGCUGUCUUUCGGCGACAUGGUUGAGGUUUUGGAGCCGGGGAAGGAUGACGAGUCUGGCUUGACUCGCUUCCGCUGCCGUGCUUUGAAUGACCUUGCCGAAGGAUGGGUGUCGCUCAAAGGCACUGCGGGAACCGUCUUCCUGGAAAGGUGUGCCAAGCCAUACCUUUGUUGCCGAGAGGAGUUUAUCCUCCAGGGAGCCUUUGAGGCAAGCAGUGAUGAGGUGCUGAAGAUUCAUGCUGGGCAAGUCGUUGAAGUGCUGGAAGGCCCUCGACGAGAACCAGCCACAGAGUGCCUUCGGGUGCGCUGCAGAGCAGUGAAGGAUGGGAAGAUGGGCUUCAUCACCCUCAAGGAUGCCGCCGGCAACGACUUGAGCGAGUCCGUGAAGGUUCUGGUCUGCAGGCUGGGUACCACCCUGACGACCGAUCUUGACGUCAGUGCCAGCAAGACGGUGCGAAAGGUGGAAAUCGGCGAAGUCUUCGAGGCACUGGACUCCGCCAAAGAAGACGAGAAGCGAAAGCUGUCCAGAGUCAAAGUCAGGACUUGGAGGGACGACAAGGAAGGUUGGGUGACGCUCACAGGAAAUUCUGGUACGUGCUACGUCGAGGAGAGCGACCAGCAUCACAUAGUAAAGAAGACCCUUCCGAUGGAAACCGCCUUCCGAAGUGGAAGCGCGGUUCUUCGGCAACUAGAGGAGAAGGAAGUCUUCGAGAUGCUCGAGGCGCCCAAGACGGAGAAGAAGGAGGGAGACCAGCGAAUGCGCGGCCGCCUCGCCGACCAAGAGGGGUGGUUCACACUGUCCAAGUUCCUGACCCCUUGGUCGCCGAGAUAUCGAUGUACCCGCAGUAUCGACCUCACAGAGGGACUCGGAGCCGACUCGGCCGUAGUGAGUAAGCUUCAGUCGGGCGAGCUCGUCGAGGCCUUGGAGCUCCCUCAGUUCGACGACGCGCAAGGCGUCGUGAGAGUCAGGAUCCGGGUGGAGAAGGACAACACCCUCGGGUACGCGACGCUCCGGGAACAGCAGGCUGUCUACUUGGAGGCCCUGGCACCUGAGAAGCCACGCGAGGGGUAA